UGCUUCCACUAUGUUUCUGAUGAAUGUUUUCUAUGAAUCCGCAGCGGAAGCGGUGAUUCUAGGGUUCCAGCAUUAUGUCGUGAUGCUUGGAACAACUAUCCUAAUUCCCACUUUACUCGUUCAGCUUAUCGGUGGUGGCCAUGAAGAGAAGGCAAGGUUAAUCCAGACGGUUCUAUUUGUCGCUGGAAUCAAUACUCUGUUGCAAUCAUGGCUGGGGACUCGGCUUCCUGUUGUGAUCGGGGGUUCCUUCACUUACCUUCUUCCAACCUUCUCCAUUAUCGUCAGUGAGCGGUUCGCCGAUAUUGCAGACCCACACGAGAGGUUCGUGCAUAUAAUGCGGGCUAUCCAGGGUGCUCUUCUAGCUGCUUCUAGCUUUCAGAUAAUUGCUGGGUUCUGUGGUAUAUGGAGGAUAUCGAUCAGGUUCCUUAGCCCUCUUGCUGCAGUACCCAUCGUGACCUUCGCAGGGCUUGGGGUUUUUAACUUUGGGUUUCCUAUUGUGGUAAGAUGUGUAGAGAUUGGACUGCCAGCUCUUUUACUAAUUGUUGCACUUUCACAGUAUGCUCCAAAUGCCUUUAGUAAAAGAAGAAUAAUACUUGAUCGUUUUUCGGUGCUUAUUAGUGCUGCAGUCAUUUGGGCGUAUGCUCAUAUUCUUACUGCAUCCGGUGCAUACAGGCAUAGUUCUCCAUCUACUCAAUCCAGUUGUCGGACAGAUCGUGCUGGACUUGUAGGUGCCUCCCCAUGGAUAAGAUUUCCAUAUCCGUUUCAAUGGGGAGCUCCAACAUUUAAUGCUGGGGAUGUUUUUGCCAUGAUGGCAGCUUCAUUCGCAUCUCUUGUUGAGUCAACGGGGAUCAUACUUGCUGCAUCAAGGUUUGCAAGUGCAACAUUUGUACCACCUUCUGUUUUCAGUAGAGGGGUUGGAUGGCAGGGAGUUGGUAUAUUGCUAAGUGGGAUGUUUGGAACUGCCAAUGGCUCAGCAGCAUCAAUUGAAAAUGCAGGCCUUUUAGCUCUGACACAAGUUGGAAGCCGACGCGUUGUGGAAAUAUCGGCUGGUUUCAUGAUUUUUUUCUCUAUUUUAGGAAAGUUUGGGUCACUGAUUGCUUCAAUUCCACUGCCAAUUGCUGCUGCAAUGAAUUGUGUCCUCUAUGGUUUUUCAGCUGCUGCUGGACUUGGCUUCCUGCAGUUUUGCAAUCUUAACAGUUUGAGAACACUGUUCGUGUUGGGCUUAUCCAUGUUUCUUGGCUUAUCGAUAUCGCAAUAUUUCAAGGAUUUUCAAUUAGCCUACGGGUAUGGCCCUGUGCAUACCCGAACUAAAGCGUUUAACGACAUGAUAGACGUGAUAUUUUCCUCGCCGGCGACCGUCGCCACCAUCAUAGCGUAUUUCUUGGACAGCACUCUCUUGCGGAAUAACGCGCAAGCACGGAGGGACCGCGGCUGGCAUUGGUGGAAGAAGUUCAGAUCUUACAAAACGGAUAGAAGAAGUGAAGAAUUCUAUGCCCUUCCUUACAACCUCGACAAGUUCUUCCCUUCUCUCUAAAAUCUCAAAUCAACAAACAAUGAAAUAUAAAAGUUGUUCAAAGCUAUAUGAAGCAUUCUGAUGAAGAAAUUAUUAUACACCUCAUAUUGCAGCAUUUUGAUUUAUGGGUUUAGGUGAUAGCAGUAAAUAUUAAUAUACUUCAGCUGAAACAUUACAGGCAUUAUAUAUAUUAGGGGAAGGAUUGUUAUGUUAUUUGUAAAUAAUACACUUGUUGCUGUGUUAUGUUUGGUAUGCUUCUAAUUGUUUGUGAA